CCUCUCUCUACUCUCACGCUACAACGUCUAAGCCUCUCUAGAGAAACAUCGAUGAUGGAGGCGUUUAGGAGAACUAAUAUAGUGGUGAUGGUGAUCACGAUGCUGUUGUUGAUCAUGAUGAUGAUGAUGGACGGUGGUGAUUGUUCGCUACACAAAGUGGGCUCCCGUGGCUGGAUCCAGGACUUCAACUACACUCAAUGGUCCACUCACGAGCACUUCUACGUCGACGAUUGGCUCCUGUUUGUGUUUGACAAGCACUACUACAAUGUUCUGGAGGUGAACAAGACAAGCUAUGAAAACUGCAAUGACCAAGGCUUCAUCAAGAACAUAACGAAAGGCGGCCGUGAUGUGUAUCAGCUUACAGAGGCGAGGCCAUAUUACUUCCUUAGCAGCGGUGGCUACUGCUGGAAUGGAAUGAAACUCUCAAUUUUGGUCCAAGAAACUACUGCGCCAACUCUAGCUCCUGCACCAUCCAAAAGUAGUGCUCCUCCUCCUCCUCCUCCUCCACAGUACUACUACAGCACUGCCUGCAGUAGUACUCUGAUCAUGAUCAUAUUAUCUAUCCUUGUGUUUACCUAUGUAUAAUUAGUAAACUAGUAUUUAUGGAGUGCUAAUGAUUGUAAUACUGUCUAAGAAAUUAAGUGCUAUACACAUGGAAAAGAUAUGA